CGGGCAAGUCCGCCUGAAGACCGGCCAAUUAUAACUGUACGCACUUUAAGCUCCCUAAACGAUUUCGUCUGCUGUCCGUUUAAGUCGAGCAGCUGAAGCUUUUAAGUUGCACCUUUCUCGUUUUCAGCUUACGGUUUCGGUUAGAAUGAAAAUAUUUCACCAUAAACAGUAACGUAACAGUCGGAUGUAGCCUGAAUUAUCGGACCUAUUUUGCAGCAUCAAACUGAAGGUCUGCAGGUUUGAUAACGACCUACAUUGGAGCCUCGGACCAAAAGAGGCGCCAGAGAAGAACAUCUCUUCAAUAUUUACUCCAACUUUACCUCCGCAACCAACUUUAGCAUGAUGUCGUAUCUUAAGCAACCGCCUUACCCGGUUAACGGGCUGAGUUUAACCACGUCCGGGAUGGACUUGCUGCAUCCGUCUGUGGGAUAUCCAGCUACUCCUCGAAAGCAGCGUCGGGAGAGAACCACCUUCACUCGGGCUCAGCUCGACGUGCUCGAGGCGCUGUUCGCUAAAACGCGCUACCCGGAUAUCUUUAUGCGCGAGGAGGUGGCCCUGAAAAUUAACUUGCCGGAGUCCCGUGUACAGGUUUGGUUCAAAAAUCGGCGCGCAAAAUGCCGACAGCAGCAACAGCAGCAGCAAAACGGUGGCCAGAACAAAGUGCGCCCGGCCAAGAAGAAGAGCUCCCCGGCGCGAGAGGCGAGCUCAGAAAGUGGCGCUAGUGGUCAGUUCACGCCGCCCUCUAGUACUUCGGUGCCGGCUAUAUCCAGCACGGCGGCGCCCGUGUCCAUCUGGAGCCCGGCGUCCAUCUCGCCGCUGUCGGAAGUGCUCUCCACCUCCUCGUCUUCGUCAUGCAUGCAGCGCUCUUACCCGAUGACCUACACGCAGGCGACAUCCGGUUACGGUCAAGGCUACGCAGGCUCAGCGUCUUACUUUGGCGGCAUGGAGUGCGGUUCAUACCUGGCGCCCAUGCACCACCAGCUGUCGGCGCCAGCAGCCUCCGCUCUCAGCCCCAUGAGCACCAGCGCCGUCACCAGCCACCUGAAUCAACCGUCCUCUCAAGGCUACGGCGCCUCGGGCCUCGGGUUCAACUCCACUGCGGCAGACUGCCUGGACUACAAAGAUCAAACAUCCUCUUGGAAGCUCAACUUCAACGCUGACUGCUUGGAUUACAAAGAUCAGACUUCCUCCUGGAAGUUUCAGGUGUUGUGAGAGAAGCAAGCUAGUUGUUUUUCAACAACAACAAAAAAAUAAAUUAAAAGACUAGACAAGACACAGACCUGCCAUUCUUCAAAAAUCUGAUAAAUAACAUUUGGCGAGGUGGAUGAUAUUGUAACAGAUGAGUUGCGCUGCGCCUGCCUCGAGUUAGCCACUCCUGCUUCUAAGUAACAAAGUAAAUUAUAUAAACGGUCCCGGAGUCACAUAAAAGCGCAUAUACACGAGCUAUAUGACCACAAGCUGUUAUUUAAGAAAAAAAAAAAGAACCCAAGUGAACUUGUAAUAAGUUAGGUCACAGCCAUGGAACGAAUCUUUACCCAUGAAAAGGAGAUGAACAACAUUACAUGUUAAAAGAAGACAGUCUAUAAGUAAAGUGUAUGGAAUGGGCAGGCUUCUGCAUCCAAAAACCUCUUACAGCACGCCGACUUGUGUCCAUGUUGGCAAAACGAGAGACACUUCCAUCAGGACGAUGUGAACAGCAGAGAGAAUGUGUGUUUGCGUUUGUGUGUGUGAGCGAGAUUGUGUGUGUGUGUGUGUGUGUAUGUGUGUGUGUGCUGAACGCCCUCAAGGGCGACCUGGAUGCACUACUUUAUUUAAGAAAAAGUGUUUAUAAGGAAUCAAUAUGUAGUUUUUAAGAGACAAUCAAUGUGUGUCUUAUAUAAAUGGUACAUGUGUUUUUUUUAAUCUGUGCUAGCCUUCGAAACUGUGAUCUGUUGUAAUUGUAUGCAAUUUGUGAGCUCCCUCGCAACCGCGAAAACUCGGCUGUGAUUUUAAUAGACUUUUCACUCUUUUCCUUUGAAGAAAAAAAAAAUACGAAAUGAUAUUAGUCACUUAUGAAUUUAAUUUGAGCAAACCUUUUAAAAGACCAAUUUGUUUUUCCAUUUGUUGAACGCCCAAAAAAAUGGGUUUUCCCUUCCACUGACCUUCUUUUUGGUCUUUAGUGACCUAUUGUCGAAGAUUGCCAACGCGGAUCUUAAACCUGUCUGGAGUAGUAAUGUGGUUCCACCAUUGCAGACAACAUUAAUAAACGAUUUCAUAUUUGAAUCGAUAAAAUUCAUUCAGUUUGGCUAAACGAGCAUGUAAAAUAAACGAGUAAAUGUACAAGCGUGCGUGCUGUGUGUGUGUGCGUGCGUGCGCGCGCGUGUGUGUGUGUAGCAAACUGGAGGAAAAAGUUUAAAAGUUGUGACUGAUUUUGCUAUGUCCACACAAUGCAUUUUAGACAAGUAUUUAAAAUGCUGAAAAAAUAUACAUUUAGAAUUAACUCCUUUUUUUCCUAACCGGGUUGCCUACAGUUAAUUUAAACGAAUUAAUGAAAAACAAGGCGAUCACCUAGUUUUAGCUACUUAGAGCUUUUUGUCUUAAAUUAUUUUAAUUAUAAAUUAUUUUAUUUCUUAAUUUAGCUGGGCUGGGCUUUAUAAAAAAAUAAUAAAUUAAUAAAAAAAAAACAUUUUAUUGCAUAUUGAAAAAAGAGCCCUGUGGUCAGCCUGUGCUAUUUUAUUUCCGUUCAUUUGUUUACCUCACCUUAUGACCGUAUGAUUAAAGAAAGAACAAUAAAAUAAUUAAAGACGAAGGGCUAGCCUUAUCUUUGUCUAUACUUUGCACUAGAACUCCUAAAACUAUAAGUGUAAAUACAUUAAAUAAGUAGUUAUCCAGUUAUAAAGAGACAGACUUCCUUAAAUCACCCUAACGAAAAAAUGUCUCUUGUGCAUGGUGUAAUAGGGUUUUAAUGGGGUUUUUCAAUUAAACGCACCUCUCCACUAGCCAAGUGUACUCAUACUUUAAUUAUUUUGCAUUGUGAAGCUGUCUG